AUGAGAAGAGUUUUCCAGGAGAAAGCUCACACUGCAGGAGUCGAAAGCACAACCUGCACAUCUGAUUCAACCAUGUUUCUGUUGAAGCUUCUUGUAACGUUUAUGAGUGUAUUUCACUCCAGCGCUGAAAAUAUUGACCUGCAUGCAUACCUUCAUGGGGACGUUAUUAUUGGAGGUAUUUUUCCUAUCCACCAACAAACCAACAGAACAACAGAUCCUGGUCCAUUAUCCUGUGAAAUGUUUGAUAAUCAAACAUUCCUGCGCACCCAAGUGAUGAUCUACUCUAUUCAAGAAAUAAACAAACGAAUGCCAAGACUGCUGCCCAACCUCACCCUUGGAUAUGACAUUUAUGAUACUUGUGGAGAUGUCGGCCUCGCCAUCAGAGCAACUCUGCAGCUGCUGAAGAGCCAGUCAGACCCUCAGAGGUGUCUCAUACCUGAAUCCAUCAAUUCCUCCUUACCUGAACCCGAGACAAAGGUGGUUAUUGGAGAGAGAUCCUCUGAGGUAUCCAUAGCAGUUGCAAGAGUACUUGCUCUACCCUCAGUCACACAGAUUAGCUAUGCGUCAACCAGUGAGCAGCUCAGUUUAAAAUAUAAGUUCCCCACCUUCCUUCGGACUGUUUCCAGUGACAAACAUCAGACGCAAGCCAUUUAUGAGCUGGUGAAGAAUUUUUCAUGGCAGACAGUCGCCAUUGUGGGAAGCAUUGAUGGAUAUGGGAAGUUUGGAACCGAUAGUCUCCUGCAACUUUUCAAUGACAAUAAUAUUUGUGUUGACUUUGUGGAGAUUCUCCCUGAUGCCUUUGAUACCAAAGACUUUACAACAGCAAGCGAUCUGCUGAAAAGAAUUGAAAAUUCUACCGCUGAGGCCAUCAUCAUUUUCACCAAAGAGAUCAAUGUUCGUAUCAUCCUUGAAGAAGUUGUUAAAAAAAAACUCAGCAGAACCUGGAUAGCAAGUGACACCUGGUCCACGUCUUCUACGAUCUCUGAGAUGACAGGAAUCAAAAGCAUUGGUCCAGUUUUUGGUUUCAUUUAUAGACAGAAGGAGGUGCCAGGCUUUCAUGAUUACGUCACCUCGAUGUUUAAUGGAACUUCAAACAACAUUUUGAGUUAUUAUCAAGUUGUCACAAACAGCUCCAAAGAUGACAUGAAAUGUAACUGUGCGGAUAAGACUUCCAGCAUAAACUGCUUGUACUGCUACAUUGAUCAUGAUGAAUCCUACAACAUCUACCUGGCCGUCCAGGUCAUUGCUGAGGGCCUGAGAGUCUUACUAAAAUGUAACAAUCAAAGCUGUGAACGGACCAAGUUUACUGCUAUUGAGCUUUUUCAUGCAAUUAGGAAUCUCAACAUCACUGUGAAUGACACAAAUAUCUACUUCGAUGAAAACGGAGAUCCCAGUCUGGGAUACGACAUAUUGUUUUGGAACACAUCUGAGUCCAAAGAAGGUGUUGAGAAAAUAAAAAUCGGAGAAUACUGGCCAAAUAAAAACAUUUCAUUUAACACAAAUGUAUCACAAUGGAGAACCACUGGAAAUGUUUCUGUUUUCAACUGCUUCAAAACAUGUCAACCCGGACAAAUAAUGGAUUUACGUCAAGGAAAAUGCUGCCACAGAUGUGUUAACUGUUCAUUACAAGAGUUUUCAUAUGGAAAUGAUUCUACUUGCAGAAAAUGUAAAGAGUAUGAGUUCUCACCAGAAAACCGCAAAUAUACUUGUGAGAAUAAAACUGAAGAGUUUCUUGAGUGGUCAGACCCCUUCGCCAUCAUUCUGAACAUGGCAUCUGCUAUUGCAAUUAUUGCCACUGCAGUGAUUACUAUCAUCAUUAGCCUCAACUGCUGGACUCCCAUUGUCAAGGCAAUUGGAGGUUGCCUGUGUUAUGUGGAGAUUGCCUCCUUGCUUCUCGGCUUUUGCACUACUUUCACCUUUAUAGGAAAGCCCACAAAAAAUUCCUGUUUAGGCAUUCCUCUGUUCGGUAUAAGUUUCUCUCUGUGUAUCUCCUGCAUUCUGGCCAACUUAAUUCAAAUCCUGUUAGGUUUUAGCUUUGACCCAAGGGUUGGUUCUAAGAUUAAGAAGCUUAAUCAUCCGGUAGCUGUGGUUGUCAUCGUCUCUAGUGUGCAGGUGGGUAUAUCCUUAGCUUGGCUAUUUGUUGUCCCACAUCUUCCUUCAGAGCAACAGAAAGCUACCUCAAUAUUGUACCAAUGUAAUAUGAGUGAAGAUUCCAAAAAGUUUUUUGCUGCCACUAUAAUCUACAACUCUUUCUGGGGCCUUGUGUGUUUUAUCUUUGCAUUCAAAGGUAGACAGCUACCCGACAUUUACAAAAAUGCCUCAUUGAUAUCAGUGAGCAUGGUGCUGUUUUUAAUCAUAUGGAUUGUUUUCCUCCCAAUUUAUAUCACUUUAGAAGGAAAGUACAAACCGGCUAUAAUCAGCGCAGCUAUUCUGAUCUCUUGCAUCAGCAUCCUUGGCUGUCACUUGGCCCCCAAGUGUUACAUUAUGUUGUUCAGGAAAGAGAUUAACAAUCAAAACGCUAUCAGUGAAUAUAUUAGGAAACAUUAUGAGAGGAAGGAGAUGUCUGUGAUUUCAUAAUCACCCUUGCUUGCCUUUGUUACAAAUGAGUUGUAAAAUAAUAUAAUAGAAUCCAGACAUGCACUGUAUGCAAAGAAAAAGUCAAUCUUUUCUUCUUAUUGUUUGACUUUAAAUCGGACCAAAAGUUAGGUAACCUAACUAGAAAACUUUACUUUAAAGUGAAAGAUGGGAAAAGAGUGAACUGAGUACUCUGUUGAUAUGGACUCUCUCUCACUGAGAGAGUAAAAAUCCACCACGUCAUAUUGUAAUGCGUCAUGUUGUUGGGUAUUCUAUUGCAGGCAGAAUUGGGGCAUUUCACAAAAUAGAUGGAAUCACAAGGAAUGAAAGUUAUGUGGACAAACAUCUCAAACCAGCAACUAGAAAGUUUAAGAUUUUGACACAAAUGGAUCAUUCAAAUGGAGAAAUGACAUAAUAUUCCCAGUAAAUUAGUUACAAAAUGGCUUAAAGACCCACAUGCUGAGAAUACAUAUGUAAACUUCUUGAUUUUCAAGAAAGUAUAAAAAAAAUUCUUGCUCAUUGAAAAUAGUUAGCAAAAAGUUAUUCGGUAAGCCUGACUGACCUAAACUGACAGAAGUUUAGUCUGACAUAACAGAGUGAGAAGCAAAGGUGAUGUCUUUUGGGACAGGAAGUGGAUCUUGAUGAUUGCUAUUCUACUGUAAAAAACGUCGACUGAAACUAGUUUUCUUCUCUUACCUCUAUUGAAAUUUGGCAGUUGCUUUUGGUAAAA